CUCGGCACAGAUUUGUCAGGGCUGUGGUUUCAGAAAUUGGCAGUUCAGAUGAAUGAUUUAAAAUUGAAACGUGUAUCGUUCAAACAUUGCCGACGCUUUCACCCUAUUCAAAAACUUUUCACUCCUUACCGUAAUCAGCUCCUCCAGGGCUUUGUCGGUUUCUUUCCACUUUACUUCAAUUUCUUGAGAUUUUCUGAGCUUUUGGGGUCUUCCCGUCUUUGGAAACUGAAUUGGUUUGAGUUUUUCUGGGUCUUUUUCAUAGCUCAUAGCUUUUGGUUUGGAUUUGGACUGAAUUCCGCAUUUGGACGGAAGCUGAGAAAAGUCAAAUCCAUAAUUGAAGAAUGAAUAAAGCUAAAGUAAAGCGCCGAGUGGGUAAAUAUGAGGUGGGAAGAACAAUUGGCGAAGGGACAUUCGCCAAAGUGAAAUUUGCUAGAAAUGCGGAGACUGGGGAACCCGUGGCUCUGAAGAUCCUUGACAAAGAGAAGGUUCUCAAACACAAGAUGGUCGAACAGAUCGGGCGGGAAAUAUCAACAAUGAAGUUGAUAAAACAUCCAAAUGUCAUUCGAUUAUAUGAGGUAAUGGGGAGCAAGACGAAGAUAUUCAUUGUUAUGGAGUUUGUUACCGGGGGAGAACUUUUUGAUAAGAUAGUAAACCAUGGACGGAUGAGGGAAGAUGAAGCCCGCAGAUAUUUCCAGCAGCUUAUUAAUGCCAUUGAUUAUUGCCAUAGCAGGGGCGUUUAUCAUAGAGACCUCAAGCCAGAAAACUUGCUGUUGGAUGCUUAUGGAAACCUUAAAGUGUCUGAUUUUGGAUUCAGUGCUCUGUCCCAACAAGUCAGGGAUGAUGGCCUGCUUCACACUAGCUGUGGAACACCAAAUUAUGUUGCUCCUGAGGUCCUUAACGAUAGAGGCUAUGAUGGAACAACUGCAGACUUGUGGUCAUGUGGAGUGAUACUCUUCGUAUUGCUUGCAGGUUACUUGCCUUUUGAUGAUUCUAAUCUUAUGAACCUGUAUAAAAAAAUUUCGGCUGCUGAAUUUAAUUGCCCUCCUUGGCUCUCUUUUAAUGCCAUGAAAUUAAUAACACGAAUCUUGGAUCCCAAUCCAAUUACUCGUACUACCAUUCCUGAAAUUUUGGAAGAUGAAUGGUUUAAGAAAGACUAUAUGCCUCCUGUGUUCGACGAAAAGGAUGAUACAAAUUUCAAUGAUGUAGAAGCCGUCUUUAAAGAUUCAGAAGAGCACCAUGUGACAGAGAAGAGGGAAGAACAACCAGCAGCUAUGAAUGCAUUUGAUCUGAUUUCAAUGUCAAAGGGGCUAAACCUUGCGAAUUUGUUUGAUGUUGAACAGGAAUUUAAGAGAGAAACAAGAUUCACAUCUAAAUGCCCUGCCAAUGAGAUCAUCAGUAAGAUUGAAGAAGCCGCAAAGCCUCUUGGUUUUGAUGUACACAAGAAAAACUACAAGAUGAGGCUUGAAAAUAUGAAAGCUGGGAGAAAGGGAAAUCUUAAUAUUGCUACAGAGAUAUUUCAAGUGGCACCUUCUCUUCACGUGGUUGAAGUGCGAAAAGCAAAAGGAGACACUUUGGAGUUUCAUGAGUUUUAUAAAAAGCUCUCAACCCGCCUGGACGAUGUUGUUUGGAAAACUGAGGAAGACAUGCAAGAAAUGAAGUAGAUUCCAGUGUCUUCCACUUCAAAGUGUUGUGUCCAUAAGAAUUGGUUUACUUGCAAAAUGUUCAAUAGUU